UCCUAGAAGGAGCUUCCCCGCAACACGAACCUCACCCUCGCCCAUGUUUGCGCCCCUCCACCCCACCACUCCGGCUAUACGUUCUUAAUGUCGAUAUCCUGCCGACGAGGCUUCCAUUCGCUCGAUAUUCGUUUCGGGUGUAUUGCUAUCUUAAGCUGGAGUUGAGGUGUCAAGGGUCACGAUGGGCUGCUGUUUCUCCCGCGAGACCGACUCAGACAGCGGGUCGCCAUACCCAGCCGUCGUAGACGCCCAAACCCAAGCUCCAGAUUCCUCCUCCCGCAACAUCACCGCAUCCUCGCCACCUCAUCCUGGCUCAAUAGCCUCUCCGCGCGGCUCGCAUGCCUCCCGAUCACACCCACAAGUCGAGCGCCGGCCCAAUCAUCCUCUCAAACCUAUCGAUCCUAAUGAUCGUUCCAAGCUCCCGAAUACCCUCGCCUCCCCCACGGUCGGCAGCCACAGAAACCAUGUCACACCGCUAACAGACUCGAUACACGGGCAAUGGACGCGGUCAAGGCUAGAGAAGGAGCGUAAUGACUGGUGGGAUACACGAACGACGGGCUCGCCUGAGAUAUGGAGUGCGCUGCGCAUAAUGGUGGAGAGCCUGCAGAAGGGAGAUUUAGGGGAGGCGCAGGCGCUGCUCGAUGCGACGGAGUGUACGUGCCCGAAUGGGCAGCUGUGGAAGGGGAUAUUCGAUGCGCAUGGCGAGUGGUAUCGCGUCCCAGAGUGGAUCGUCAUAGAGCCCGAUGGGCUGGUAGAAGAUGAAGACGGGGGCAUGGGGAUAGAUGGUGCGAAUGAGGAUAAGGAGCUUGAGGUGGAGAGCUUGGGCGAGCCGGUUAAGGUGAAGUGUCGGCUGAGCUCGAAUGCGCAGGAUGUAGUGGUGGGGAUACGGAAAGGGGAAAGGGUGGGGAGGCUUGUUAACCAGCUUAAGGCUAAGGCCAAGCUCAAUCCCUUCGCUACCGUCCGAAUUGUUUACGCCGGAAAGAUCUACGACGAGAACCAAACGCUCGAAUCGAACCCGAUGUGGAGCUACGAGAGCAAGCACGUGCUUAUUGCCAUGGUGUUUGAGUAACUGCCCUCGGCAACCGCUCCCAAUAUUCUCCCAAAUACCUUCAUAUACAUCAUUGUAAAUGUUAUGGUCAACGUAUACGGACAGAGGAGGCCGGCUGAUGACGCCAGACCUUCCGAUAGCGAUAUAUUUCGAACGUACUGGAAGAUGUUGCUCAUAGAAUUGAGCCGGGACGACGUUUGCGCUCUGAAAAGGCUUUGAGAUACCCCCUUUUCCAUCUGUUCUCUUCGGGAUCACGAAGGAUGCGAGGAGACAUAGGAGUUUGUUACGUUGUAUUCAGUCGCUGCUUAUAAGGGCUUAGCAUAGCAUCGCACAUGGUAUGGGAGCUUUCAACGGCAUCCUCCUCGACCGUAGAGUAAUUUGUAAUCCUUCCCGUUCAUUUUCUAAUUUCUCUCGAGAGGGGAUGGAUGUCGUCCCCCUAAUAUGCUUGACACGUGCCCACGACGACUAUGGGAACAUCGCAG